CAAUGGGCACGCUCGGGGGAGCCGGGCUGGCGGCGGCGGUGGCGGCCAGCCGGGCGCGCACUCUCGGGAUGGAGGGCGAGCGCCGGGCAUCUCAGGCGCGCUCCUCGGGCCUCCCGGCCGGGGGCGCCGACGGGGACAGCCAGGGGGGCAGCGCCCCCUUCCCGGGCAGCAGCGGCUCUUCCGCCCUGUUGCAGGCGGAGGUGCUGGAUCUGGACGAGGACGAGGACGACCUGGAGGUGUUCAGCAAGGAUGCCUCAUUGAUGGACAUGAACUCCUUCAGCCCUAUGAUGCCAACGUCCCCUUUAUCAAUGAUAAACCAAAUCAAGUUUGAGGAUGAACCAGAUUUAAAGGAUCUCUUUAUCACAGUUGAUGAACCUGAAAGUCACGUUACUACAAUAGAAACUUUCAUUACCUAUAGAAUUAUUACUAAGACAUCUCGUGGGGAAUUUGACUCCAGUGAAUUUGAAGUUAGGAGACGGUAUCAAGAUUUCCUUUGGUUGAAGGGGAAACUGGAAGAAGCACACCCCACUCUGAUUAUUCCACCAUUGCCAGAAAAGUUUAUAGUAAAAGGAAUGGUGGAACGCUUUAAUGAUGACUUCAUUGAGACACGCAGGAAGGCUUUACAUAAAUUUUUGAACCGAAUUGCUGAUCAUCCAACUUUAACAUUUAAUGAAGACUUCAAAAUUUUUCUCACUGCACAAGCUUGGGAACUCUCUUCUCACAAGAAGCAAGGUCCUGGAUUGCUAAGCAGGAUGGGGCAAACAGUCAGAGCUGUUGCAUCCUCAAUGAGAGGAGUUAAAAACCGCCCGGAGGAGUUCAUGGAAAUGAAUAACUUUAUUGAACUGUUUAGCCAGAAAAUAAAUUUGAUAGAUAAAAUAUCUCAGAGAAUUUAUAAGGAAGAAAGGGAAUAUUUUGAUGAAAUGAAAGAAUAUGGCCCAAUUCAUAUUCUGUGGUCAGCGUCAGAAGAGGAUCUGGUUGAUACUCUAAAGGAUGUUGCCAGCUGCAUUGACAGAUGCUGUAAGGCCACUGAAAAGCGGAUGUCUGGACUCUCAGAGGCCCUGCUUCCUGUUGUACAUGAGUAUGUGCUUUAUAGUGAAAUGUUAAUGGGUGUUAUGAAAAGAAGAGACCAAAUACAAGCAGAACUGGAUUCCAAAGUUGAAGCUUUGACCUAUAAAAAGAUAGAUACUGAUCUGCAGGACAGAUCGUGGCUCUCUACACUGAGCUACAGAAUAAGAAGUGAAGAAGAAAUUUGGAGAUGUGCAACUUUACAUAUUUAUAAGAUGAUAUUUAAGCUUCCAGAGGAGAUUGGAAAACUUGAAGAUAAAGUGGAAUGCGCUAAUAAUGCCCUGAAAGCAGAUUGGGAAAGAUGGAAACAAAAUAUGCAAAAUGAUAUCAAGUUAGCAUUUACAGAUAUGGCUGAGGAGAAUAUCCAUUAUUAUGAACAGUGCCUUGCUACGUGGGAAUCAUUCCUUACAUCACAGACCAACCUCCACUUGGAAGAAACCUCUGAAGAUAAACCUUAAUCCCAUUGAGGACUUCUGUUUGAUCUUUGGGAGACAGCAUUUAUUAACCAAAGUUAUUCUUUCUGAAUCUGCCAUGUCCCUUAUAAAGUGGAUGAAAAAUGUUUUGUACUAUCUGGAAAACCAACAACUUGAAACCUCAGGUAUUCCAGGUCACUGACAUGAAUUUGAAGAUAUAUCUAUCUGUAUGGAUAUAUAUCUAUAUGUAUAUAGAUAUAGAAAUACAGAGAGAGAGAUCUGGCUUGGUUUUAAUUAUGUUCUUAAAUUUGUGUGCCAAUAAUUGCAUAUAGAUUUUUUUUCUUAAAUAUUUGACUGUGGAACAUGCCAUUUUAAAUAUGUUGUAAGGACUGUUUUAAUAAAAAGUUUAGUAUGAA